AUGCGAAACCUUUUCAGGCUCUUCUACUUCGCGAUAUUGGGUCUUUCGGUUGCACGACAAGGCUCCAAUUUCAACCUCACGGCCGAGUUUGCCACCGCAAACGGUUGUGACGAUAAAUGUCUGGAAACCCUUAACAAAGCCAAUGCCGCGGAUCUUGAUACAUUUGGGCGUGACUUUGACUUCGAAUGGUUCCUAACUGCAAGCAACUUCUCGGGCUCUAGUCCCGGCGACCUUUUGAAGCUACAACCAUUGGACCCGAAGACUCCCGGCUUGCUGGUCAAGCCCGGGACGACCGUGUACCGCAUACAGUACACAUCUCAGGAUCUUGACAACUCCUCUGUACCCGCCACCGGUUUUAUUGUCCUACCAUUUGCGCCAGUGCAGUUGAAGAAAUCCACAAAGAAUGACUCCUCUGCUGCAGGCUUGUUCCCACUUGUCGCCUAUGCUCAUGGCACGAGUGGUGUAUACACUGGAUGCGCACCAUCGAAUGGCCCGGCUCUAUAUGACUAUGACAGUGCAGCUCCUUUCCAGGUAAAAGAUAUUGUGCAUUCCGUGACAGCGGCGAGAAAGGCUAUGGGCCAGAUAUUCACAAAUGAAUGGAUGGCUGUGGGCCAUUCGGAGGGCGGCGGUGCCGUGUGGAAACUAGCAGAGAGUGGGUUUGUCAAGGCAGACAAGGCAUAUCUCGGAACUGUUUCUCUCGCCGCAGCGGUCAAGAUUGCAGAUAUGCUUGGAAACCACAUCAAUUUCAUCCUUCAAUCCGGCUAUCUGACCCUUGUGGCCAAAGUGCUUCAGCGAUUCUCGCCCUCCUACAACUUCACUAUGCUCGGCGACAUCCAGCGGCAAAGAAUGGCCAUUGCGGAUAGUGCGCAGCCCUGCCUCGCAGCUCAAGGAACCAUCAGUGUUGGCCUAUCUCGAGAUCAAAUUAUCAUUGAGAAAGGCCUUGCCACUGAUUUAAAUUUGCUCAAGAGAUGGCAGGCCGAGAUGGCUCCAGCGUCUGGCGGCCGCACGUCAGCUCCGAUGCUGGUCGUGCAGGGUCUCAAUGACACCGCUGUGGUUCCGCAAGUCACACACGAGUCGUGGCAGCAAGCCUGCAGUGAUUCGAACGAGGUUCAUUUGAGCGAGUAUGCCGCUCUAGAUCACUCUCCUGUGGUGAUCGGCGCAGCGGCGGAAUGGUUGGCUUGGAUCGAUGCUCGAUUCAACGGCGAGAAGACCCCAGGCAAAUGCACGCAGGUACAAAGACUGCCAUUUGAUGGCUCUAACCUGAUAGCACCACCUGGGAAGCCUCCCGAGUAG